AUGCCUUCUCAUCUGCGCAACUCUAGCCGGGCCUACUCUUUCCCCCCAUGGAUCGACAUGGCUGAGCACGAAGCUUCUCAAGCAAGCGGCCUACCAGAUAUCGACGAGGACCCAUUCGCACAUUUCAUCUCCCCAAUCACUGAAGCCGAUGAUCCAUACGAACUAUCACUGAGCGCUGGCAUCGUUCACGACGGACCGCAAACAAGCAAAGCGGCCAAGUUCAAGUCAAACGUCGCCAAUAAAUGGGCUCGUUAUGUCCAGCAUAAUCAUAAUAACCUGCACAGCCAAUACCACACGCCAACCAUCCAGGAGGAGGACGACGAGGAAGAGACUUUCAUGGGACUUGACGAUGAUCGCCUCAACGACACACCUCACAUUGUAUCGCAACUCAGCCCACCGAGGAUCACCAGCAGCGAAUCAAUGCGCGGCCGUGGGCAGGAUCUUGUGGCACGCAAGACACAAAAUCGCCGCCGGUACUCGAGGACACUAUCAGGGCAUCGCCACUCAUGGCGAGAGCCAUCGCCAGACCUCUUUACCGUGGAUGAGUCAGAAGAAGAGGAGGCUCCUGUGCUCCGACGUCCCAGAGCUAGGAAACCCAAAGAUGCGACAGCGACAUUUCAAUCCAAGAUAUCUAAUUUCCUGAUCCAACAUGAGUUUCCAUCUAUCGCAAAUACAUUAUUACACAAUCGCAAGCUAUAUCACUCCCGCCUCUUGUCAAACAGAGACGCCAACCCCCACUCCAAAGCCCGCUACCGCCGCAUUCAACUUCAAGCCAUGCAUCGUGACCUCACCCCGCAUCCACCACGGCGCUUCUUCGGCGAGAGCCUCUACAGUUAUCGCAAGGUCAAACAAUUGGCCGCGCUUACCGCCAGAUACACCGAGAAUAUUCCUCCCCAGUCUAAACGAACCCCAGAUUCUACAUCGCCGUCUGGCAAGUUGCAGAUGCGGCGUGCAAAUCCCCAACUCUUUCGUGCCCGUCCUACCCUCCCUCUUCAGUCAUUUUGCGUGCCCAGCCUUUCUUACGAGUACGCUAUGCUGCGAUAA